CGUGGUCGAGGAAGGGGUUAUUGAGGGAGAUGUUCACACGACGUAUACACGCUCCAGACUGACCCUGGUCGGGAGACCAGGGCUACUUUAUUGAUCUUAUCAGUCACAUUAUUCAUACCAGAUGUGUCGCUGGCCAUAUGUACGAUAAAGACGUGCCCACUGACGUGAGGCUGGUGGACUGGCAGACUCCUAGGUACCUACCAACAACCCAUGACCUGACUUUCCUGUUUCUUUGUAACGCGGGUUGGGACGUCUUUCACGACCACAGGGACGCCAUCCUGGCUCACUAUCACCACAAACAGAUGAGCACCCUGGGUACAAAGUUACUACAAACGAACCCUCGGGCUUACAGAGCUACACGCCAGCUGAAGGCGGACUUCAAAGCCGACUGUCUGUACCGGGUGAUCGACUGCUUCGUGCAUUUCACGGUCCUUCCUGCAGAUCAAGAUCUGCUGCGGAUUCUUCAGGAGAUCAAGGAGUGGGGAGUUAUCUGAAUGACCACUGAUUAGUAUGGCCGAUAUGUCAGUAUUUCCCUUCAAGUUUGUUGUUAAAGAAGGAAGAGAAAAUUCUGUUCUUGGAAAGAUAGUAACUUUAUACAGACUCCUGAACAAUAAUAAGUAUCAUCGGUGAAAGGUACACAUCCAGGCAACAAUAUA